UCACACUCUGUGCACCGUGUGGGCGGCCUCCUUUCGUCCAAGUGGCUGAGAGGCUUAGAGAGGUCAGGUAAGGCCUUUAGGCUUGUGUUCUAACCUCCUACUGAUCACAUUUUACACAGAGGCAGCACAGAAUGAAGACAGCACAUCAGAAACAAAGAAGUGUAGAAAAACAAAAAAAUUGUCCAACAUCCCACAGCAUGAUGUAUUAAGGCUUUACGGGGCAGAGGGAUCUUUAAACCAAAAGAAAAGGGAACUGAGGGUUCAGGUGAAGAAUGAAGGACAGUGAAAAUGAGAGUAGAUAAAAUGUACAGAAUGGAGUGAGGGAAAAGAGGAUAGAUCAUUCUAGAAGUAGAUGGAUGGUUAGGGGUGCCAAGUUAGGGAGAUGACCUUGCGAUGGCUGUCCACUCAGCUUUGGAGACAUCGAGUAAUGGGUCUUUUAUUGACCCUGGCGGUGACCGUCAUCCUCAUGCUUCUGGCCACACAGUCUCUUCAGAACACCAGGGGCCACAACGUGAGGCUGUCAGGGGAGAGGAGACAGCAAAAAGGGCAUGAUCACAAACAUCCACCAGUCCGCCCUGGAUCUGCACCAAGACAUAUGGCAAGCAGUGCAGAAGGAAUAAAGAACCAGCUGCUUCCCACUGCUGAGUCCGUCAACCAGGCCGUAAAGAAAGGAAGGAGCCCUCCGCCUGUGGCCUUCCUCAAAACACACAAGACUGGCAGCAGCACCGUGCAGAACCUGCUGUUCCGACUUGGAGAAAGAGAGAAAGCCACCUUCGCCUUCCCCUAUUACACCUACCAGUUCAGCUACCCUGAGAGGUUCAGAGCAGAGUUUGUGGAUGAGCUUCCAGAAGGAUCGUCUCAGUUUGACCUGCUGUGCAGCCAUAUGCGGCUGGAUCUGAGCCAGCUGAGACAGGUGAUGCCUCCAAACGUGGUCCUCGUCACCAUCCUGCGAGAGCCCCUCAGGACCUUUGAGUCUGUCUUCAGCUACUACACUUCCAGCAUACCUGCUUUCUCCAGGGCCAAGCAAGCAGCCGCUAGGGCUGAAAACAAGGACAGGACCACGCUCUCUGUCUUCCUGGAGGAUCCAGAAAGCUUCUGGGACCCAAAAGAGCCAAGGGAUGGUCUGGCUAAGAACCCCAUGAGCUUCGACAUGGGCUUGAACAAUGAGGAGUGGAACGCCUCUUGGCCCGAAGACUUGUCCCAUCUAGAGGAGGCCUUCGACCUGGUGAUGAUUGCAGAACACUUUGAUGAGUCACUGGUUCUCCUAGGGGCCCUGCUGGGUCUGGAGCCACAAGACUUGGCCUAUGUUUGGAUGAACGCUAGGCAGAGCAGUGAUGUGACUAUGUUGGAUGAUGAUGCCAGAGCCAAGCUGCGAUCAUGGAAUGCACUGGACUCCCUCCUCUAUGACUUCUUCCUGCAGGAGUUCUGGGCCAAGGCCGAGCAUUUUGGCCUGGACCGGCUCAAAACAGGGGUAGCUGAGCUUAGCGCCUCCACAGAGAAGAUACGGAGCAAGUGCGUGUCCAGGGCUGCGGUGCACCCUAGUGAGCUGGAGGACUUAGUGCGGCCCUGGCAGACAGACACGGCCACCAUACUGGGAUACGAAGUCAAAAGGAACCUCAGUCUGGAAGAUCAGGGGUUCUGUGUGCGGCUGGUGCUGCCUGAACUGCAGUAUCACUCUCAUCUGUACUUUCAGCAAUAUGGCAGAGAUAUGAGAGCCGUGCCUGCAGACUGA